AUGCUAUAAUAAAAGAAUGCUGAAAUUGAUGUGUCUUAAUUUGAAGAUAAACUCCUCUUUAUCUCUUCAAAGUGCAAUAAAGAAAAUGCACUUAAUACAUAAAUUAAACAAAAUGACAUGAAUGAAUAACUAAAAAAUUUAAAUACUUUUGAGAUUAAUGGUAAUUAACAUACAUUCAAAAAUUAGAAGCAAACAUUGAAGAAAAACCUAAAGAUAAAUAGAUUGUCACUCUUUAAGCUAAGACUUGUCGAUACAUACCCUUAAGAAGUGGUAUUAAAUAAUCACUCUCUGAAGAUUAUCAAUAUAGAUAAAUAGAUGAAAAUACUGAAUUAAAGAAGAAAGGAGACUUACAAAUAGAUUAAUUAGGUUUUAAAGAGAUUUAUAAAUAUUAAUUAUUUGAUUAACAAUUAGAUAAUUAGAUUCAUAAUUUUAAUUGGAAAUCUAAGAACCUUUUUCAUUAUGAUAUCAGAAAAUAAAAGAAAUAACUCAAUUCUUCACUUUUAUUAACCUAUAAUAAUUUAAUGGAAUUAUAAGAAUCUCUUUAAAAUGAUUCAAACUAUAAAUAACAUCAUAGGAAAAUUAAUAUUAACCCUAUUAAAGUUUUGGAUGCACCUCAAUUAUAAGAUGAUUUUUAUUUAAAUCUAAUUGAUUGGAGUUCAUAGAAUAUACUAUCAGUUGCUCUUUAAUCAAGCGUGUAUUUAUGGUCAGCAAUAAAUAAUAAAGUUACAAAAUUUUGUGAUUUUAGAAAUACUGAUAUUGUUUGUUCUUUGACUUGGGCACCAUAAGGUAAUUAAUUAGCCAUAGGUACUGAAUCAGGUUCAAUCUAAAUAUAUGAUCAAUAGAAAAUGAAAAGAAUCUCAACAUUAUAAGGACAUACAUCUAGAGUUGGAUCUUUAGCAUGGGCUGGAUAAGUAAAUAUUAAAGAUAUAAAUAUUAAUAGACAUUAUGUUCAGGAUCAAAAGAUAAAUCAAUUUAACUUUAUGAUUUAAGAUAAUAGAAAAUUAUAGGGAAAUUAGAAGGUCAUAAAUAAGAAGUAUGUGGUUUGAAAUGGUCUCCUGAUGAGUAUUAAUUUGCUUCUGGAGGAAAUGAUAAUAAAUUACUUGUAUGGAGAUUAGGUUCAUAAGUACCAAUAAUUAAAUUUAAUUAACAUCAAGCAGCAGUCAAAGCUAUAGCAUGGUCUCCUCAUAAACAUGGUUUAUUAUGUUCUGGUGGUGGGACAGCAGAUAGAGCUAUAAGAUUCUUCAAUACAUCAACAACAGAAUAACUAGAUUGGAUUGAUACAGGCUCAUAAGUUUGUAAUUUACUUUUUAGUAAAACUAUAAAUGAAUUUAUAUCUACACAUGGAUAUAGUAUGAAUUAAAUAAUAUGUUGGAAGUAUCCUACAUUAGAAAAAGUAUAAAUUGAAAUUGAAAUUAGGUAUCCACAUUAAUUGGUCACACUUCAAGAGUUUUGUUCUUAGCAAUGUCACCUGAUGGAGAAACUAUUGUAACUGGAGCUGGAGAUGAAACAUUAAGAUUUUGGAAUAUAUUUCCUAAGAAGGAAGAAUCACAAUUAUCAUAAACACUUUUAAUACCCUCUAAAAUAAGAUGA